AUGAUGAAUACUCAGAAGACAAUGAUGUUAGUGAUGCUGAAUUAAUGUGGAAUGCUGGGAUAGAGGAUUCACAGCAUGCUGUAGCUGAGAAAGAAGAACAGAUUUCAUUGGAAGAACAAAGUUGUGGUAAAGAUCGAGUCAUACUGGCCAUGGAUGUCGAUCUUGAACAGACGACGACGGCUGACAUUAUCAACAACCUCAAUCAAUUCGGCUGUGUAAAAUCUGAAUACUGGGGAAAAACUAAGAGUGACAUGUCGUUUGGUUUAUUCAAAAUAGAUAAAUGCAAUGCUGACAUGUUGUCUUCAGUUAUCUCAAAGAAUGCAGAGAAAUUUGAUCAGCUUGGUGUAAAGAAAAUCCUCCAGAUUGACAGCACUCAUCAAUCUUAUAUCAGAGAAGACGGUGACUCAGUGUCUCCAUAUGACGAUGAUAAACUGUACAGACUGCUGCAUUCAUCUCUUCUGGAUAUAAAACAGAUCGUGUUACUAAAGUCAACAGAUGAUCAGUGUGUCCUACUAAAGAAGCAGUUAGACGCAAAGAAAGAGGAAGUCGUGCAGCUACAUAGACGUCUGACAGGACAACUGCAGUAUGAGGAUAAAACCGCAACCAUGGUAUCCAAUCUGCAGAUUGACAAAUCUAAUUUGGAGAAAACCUUGUCAUCACACACCACCAAGAUAGAAGAGUUGACAGAGAAACUCACUAAGACCGAAGACCAAAAUAGCGAAUUACAAAACGAGCUACGCAUGAAGAAUGAAGCACUGGAGCAACGUGAUGAUGAGAAAACAUACGCGGCAUCACACACCAUCAAGAUACAAGAGUUAGAGGGGAAGAUACACAAGUUGGAGGAGCAAAACAACAACCUGAAAUAUCAACUGUCUAAGACUGAAGUCCAAAACGCUGAACUACGUAACAAGUUCCGUGCGACUGAUGAGGAAACAACAGAUACUGAUAAAGAAGUCACAGCCGAGAGUCCCAUUGACAGUGAUAAAUAUGGCAGGGAUAAGGCAAAUUCUCUGUCUGGUAGACCCUUGUGUACCUUAGCAAUGAAUAGAAGAUACGAAUUGCUGUACAACAGUGGCAUUACGUUUUUACAUGCUGGCCGACCGCUAGCUGCGUUUGACUGUCUGAUUGAAGCCUUGCAAAUCUACCAUUGUAAUGCUAGACUGUGGUUACGGAUAGCGGAAUGCUGUGUUGCUGCUAAUAAAGGGAGUUCUGAAGAAGAGAUGAAAGGCUUACCAUCGGCGCCCAGGAAAGGUAUCGUACAAGAUGUGAUAGGAACCAGCAACCACAGGAAGAUUGUUUUGACUUCGGGCUCAUUGGAUAACAAAUACAAUUGUGAUGGUCAGUCAGCUGCCAUGCCAGUUGCAACUUUGCAAUUUGCUGCUAUCUGUCUAAACAAUGCACUCUCACUGCUACAAGAGCAAGAGGCAGCGAUGCCUGGUGCAGCAGUUUCAAACAGAAGAAGUAGCGACUCUGAACAUAGUCAGGGAAAUGAAGCUACUAAAGCUAAUGUACCAGCAGGAGCCUCGGCUCCACCAGGUGCUCCAUUGAAGCAGUAUGAAGUGGAGAGCUUGAAGUGCUCUAUACUGGCGAACAGUGCAUAUGUGUGUCUUGGACUGGGGGACGUCUUAACUGCCUUGGAGCACUCGAUUAAUCUUCUCAACCAACCUAAGUUAUCCGGUUCACACAAAUUUCUUGGUCACCUAUAUGCAGCUGAGGCUUUGGUAUCUUUAGACAAAAUAUCUGACGCUAUUAGUCAUCUUUCCAUUGACAGUAUUACAGAUGUAUCUGUAACCUAUCCUGGUGCACCAGAAGUAUCUGGUGAUAAAGGUGGUAAUGAUAUCGGCGGUAGUGAAAACAGUGGUGAUGUUUCCGAGACGCCGACUGCAGUGACGCGAUAUUUCCCAGCCAGCAUACAAUCAGCUAGAGCUACUUUCUUAUUCAACUUAUCCACGUCAUACAGUCUUCGUAGCGAGUAUGACAAAGCAAGGAGAGCUCUCCAACAGGCAUGUUCACUGAUACCAGCAAGUGAAAUUCCACAACAAGCACUCAUAUUAGCAGUCUAUUUAGAACUACAGAAUGGUAACUUCCCGCUAGCUUUACAAAUGGUGAAGAAAAACCAGCUACUGCCCUAUGCAAAAAUGAGUGAUUCCCGGCAUGGUGGACAAGUUACCCCUACUAUGGGCGUCAUUGGAAGAAAAUCAGUUCGAAAAUAACAGUCAUGAAUUUAGUC